GCCACCAGGAAGCCCCCGGCAAUGUCCUUCGCCCUACUUACCACAGAUCCAGAGUUCAGAGCGAGGACCCAGAGCGAGUGGCGCAGUAGAAACUGGACAGAUGAAGGCACUCAAGGCUGUCCUGCUCACCCUGCUGCUGUGCCACCAUCCAGGGAGAGGGCAGGCACAGGAGGAGGACCACACCAAGAACGACGAGUUGGAAGACGAAUCAGAUGACUUCGAAGAGGAAGAUGAGGAUGAGGAGGAAGAAGAGGAGGCCAACGCUAUCCCUGGCGGUAGGGGCAGAGGUCUGCAGUGCUACACCUGCCCGGCCCUGUACAGGGAAGAGCUCUGCGACAAGACACACAGCUGCUCGGGCAAGGAGACCUUCUGCAAAACCCUUGUCACUCACGGAAACUCUGAGUCAGGCCUCCUGACCACCUACUCGAUGUGGUGUGCAGACAGCUGUAAACCUAUCAGCAGGACAGUGGGGGAAACCCAGAUGACCGUGACCUGCUGCCAAUCCACCCUGUGCAACAUUCCCCCCUGGCAGCACUCCCAAGCCCAGGACUCACCACCUAGUGGCACAGCCCUCCUGCUUAGCCUCCUCACCAGCCUUUGGGCAAUGGGGGCCUGAAGACCCUGGCCUGCCAGCUUCUCCACCCCAGCCACCCCACUGGCCCACCCUGGCUUGGCCAGGGCUCUGCCCAUGCUUUCCCCUCCCAUCCCCACCCUACCAGCUUUGAAGAAUAAACUUGGAGGUCUUUAAUGAUU